UGGCAUCUAUCAGUGUCGGAACAAACUCCAAAUCACAGAGAGCCGAUGACCAAGUGGGUUAUUAUUGCUAUUGCGACAAUUCAACACGCUGCUACUACCGCCUGGUUCGCGCUUCGCAGCGAUUGCAGUUCAGCCCCCGUUUAAUACAGCAACAUUAUAGAGUGUUCCUUCCAUACAGUUCUAUACCGUCUUACACCUUUGCUUACGCUUUUGCAACUUUUAUCGCCACCACCAUCAUCAACAAUGCCGUUACCACCACUGCCAGAUAACCCUUACGAAAUUCUCGGUGUAUCGAAAAAUGCCCAAAUUCCAGAGAUUCGGACGGCAUACCGGAAAUUGGUACUCAAGUGCCAUCCGGAUAAGGUGACCGAUCCGGCUCAGAAGGCAAUCAAGGCAGAAGAGUUCCAGAAGGUACAGAAGGCGUAUGAGUUGCUCUCCGACGAAAAUGAGCGGGAGAAAUACGAGGACAUAGUGAGGUUGCAUGAGAUGGACAGGGAGAACGCAGAACAGAGAAGGCAACAACAACAACAACAACAACAACAACAACAACAACAACAACAACAACAACAACAACAACGGAGCCGCGAAUUUGCUCCUGGUCGCACACCGCCUCGGUCGUAUGAUUCGGAGUACGGAAGGAGUCCUCAUUACACGGUGCACGUCAAGCCCGAGCCUGGAUACAAAGUGCGAACCGCCGAGCCACCUCCGUUUCAAAAGUCGUCGACAUGGACGUCGGGCAGCAAAAGCCCCUACACAAGUACACGAACGCCUCCCCGGUCCUAUGAAGACAACAUCAACUCCGCAGCACACAGCAGUCAUGAAGAUAUUCCUCGCGAUUCCCGGGAUGCCAGACGAGCUCGGAAGGCAUACGACGAGAAGCCUUCAAGGGACGAAGAAAAACGCGCUAGAAGGAGAGAGCAGGAGGAGUACGAGCGCGCAGCAGAGAAAGCCAGAAAGAGAGAGGCGGACAGGAAAGAAGCCGAAAGGAGAGAAAUCAGAGAACAGGAGAAGCGGGACAAAGAACGCCGCAAAGAGGAGAAGAAGAGAGCAGAGAAGCUUCGUGAUACGGAACGCAAGCGAGACACCGAAGAGAAGCGCUCUCGUACCAAACCUCCUGCUUACGUCGAGGAGGAACCGGAGUACGUCCCCAAGUCCGAGAAGAAGCCAAAGUCGAGUUCCAGAGUCAAGGAGACUCCACAGGUACAGGUCCGCGAGGAUCGCGAGCGUGAGCCGAGGAGCCACCGUGACGUGAAGCAAGCGAUUAAUUUGGACUUUGCUACUGAAUACCUUCAAGCGUCGAGGAGUAAGGCUGCUCCAAGUCUACAGCGCGCCCAAACCUACCACUACAACGUCCGCCAUGUGUCUCCGCCUCCACCUGCUGUGGCUACACCGCCUCCAGCCAACAACGGUAUGGCCCCUCCACCGCCGCAAAUGCGGUCAAUGGGACAGACGUUGGAAGAGGAGACCGACGAAGAGCCAGUAAUGCGAUCUGCCGCACGUCGUCGCAUGUCGCAUGAUACUCCCCGAUCUAGAGAGAAGACGUCAUCGUCGUCGCACAAAAAGUCGAGCUCGAGGGAGGCGGAAUAUGUUGCCGAGUCAGGUCGGCCGAUGCCCAAGUUGAGCAAAUCGGCAACAAUGCCCACGUCGCAUCUGCACCAAAGCACGUCUCCUAUGGACACAUCUCCGCCGAAGAUUUCAAGAUCCAAAACUGAGUUCGUGCGACCGCCUCCGGGUCCAAUGCAUGGCAUGUCCCGCCAACAGACUUGGGGGCCUGGUGGUGAGGAUCACCGAGAGCGCAGUCGAUCGAGGCCCUUACAUGGCUACUCCGAAGACGAAUCUGAAGAAGACUACCGUCCACGACGUAGCCAUAGGACUCGCUCGCCUGACGAGAUCGGCAAUACCUUCACCUAUAAGGUUGAGAAUGGUCGAGCCAAGCCAUCUGUUAGGACUGCCUCUUAUAUCGACGAACCUGUAAGUCGCAGUGGUCGUGGUAAAUCUUAUUAUCCUGAGGCAAACCAAAGUCGACCGUUAGAUCACCGUCCAGCCAUGCACCCGCAUGACAGCUAUUCAGGUCAGACUGCCUUCAAGGUUAAGACCGCCAGAAACUACGACAUGAGCGAUGUCAACGUUGCGGAUGUUCCGUACUCGUACACUCCACGCGAUGCAGGUUACGGAUAUGCCUAGAAGGGAUUUUCGUACACAUCAUUUGAGUUGGUACGGUUUGCGACGUGGUCUAUCAGACUAUGACGGUCGUGGAAACUCGGCCACACAGUCGACGGACAUCA